GCUCGAUAAGUUAUCCCUUUUCUUUUCUUUUUCUUUUUAUACCCAGAAAAUAAAAAAAGAUAGGUAUCUGUGCACAAACCAGAGCAUGCAACAUAGUCUUCUAGGUCGCAGGAUAUAGGACAUGUGACUGAGGGGAAUGUCAUCAUGUUAACAUCUACACUAUUACAGUUUUUCACUAUCUAUAAACUGACCGCACCACAAUUGUCCAUCUACUGAAAUUGGUGUAAAUCAAAACUUAAUUAUUGCAUAUAUUAAACCCACAGUUUUCAAGCCAAUAUGCCUGCACAAGAUGGUUCAGCCUCUAUGGCAAUCCCGAUAGUGGAUUUCUCGUCUUGGAAGAACACCCAAGACCAAGGUGCCAGGUUACGAAUGGCACAAGAACUUGUCAGAGCUUUCCAAACCGUGGGUUUUGUCUAUAUUAUCAACCACUCCCUCCCGGAGUCUGUCCUGGAUGAAGCAUUCCAUUGGACCAAGCGCCUUUUCAAUCUCCCUGAAGAGGAGAAAAUGAAAGCACCCCAUCCAGAAGGUUGGGCGGUGCACCGGGGCUAUUCAUGGCCGGGAUUGGAGAAAGUCUCCCAGACGAUGCACAAUGAAAGUGAUGAGGAGACAAGAAGGAAGUUACGAGAGAUACCAGACGUCAAAGAAGUAUAUGAUAUUGGGAGCGACGAGCACACUGAUCAGCCUAACCAAUGGAUCCCCGACGAGACGCUCCCAGGCUUUAGGGCUUUUAUGACUAAAUUCUAUUGGGAGUGCUGGGGCGUCGGUGAGGAGCUGUUCCGCGCUCUAGCCGUUGGGCUGGGUCUAGAGGACGAGUCUUACCUUGUCAAGAAACAUUCGGGCCAUGGCAAUCAGCUACGUCUGUUACAUUACUUGCCAGUCCCAGCUGAGGAUCUUGAGAAAGAGCGGACAGCCCGGUGUCCAGCACAUACUGACUGGAGCUCGCUGACCAUGCUAUUCCAAGACGAUUGCGGGGGCCUGGAGGUUGAAGACGUCUCUCGGCCAGGUAAAUUCGUCCCCGCAACCCCUAUCAAGAAUGCCAUUGUGGUGAACGUUGGUGAUCUUUUGCAGAUGUGGAGUAAUGACCGACUCAAGUCCACAAACCAUAGGGUCAGAAUGCCCCCACUCGCUGAUCGCUAUGAGGGUCCAAAUCGGAUGACGCGCGAGCGGUUCUCGAUUCCCUAUUUCAUAUCUCCAGACCCGUCUUCUGUAAUUGAAUGCAUUCCCUCGUGCAUGAGCGAAGAAGAGCCCGCCAAGUACAAGCCAAUUACACAGGCGGAGUAUAACAAGAUGCGAGCUUCUAUGAUGUACUGAAUAUAUGCGAGUCGCGAUCCCUCAGUACUGGACCACUAUUUCUCUUUUCUUUUGUCCUUAUCAAAAGAUUACCAGUCAGUUCUGUUGACAUAAGGGCAUCAGUCAUAUUGUACAUUCAGCAGCAGUUGCUUGGAAGUGUA